UCACUCGGCUGAGCUCAUCUAUGAAGAUACGUAUGCUACAACAUCUGAAUCUGAGAAAGAAGUUUCUAAAUGAUAAGCCAAAUUGCACACAUACAACUUCCCAUAGCGUUGCAGCAGCGGCGAGACCUAUUUGCACCGCCGGCAAUGCUCAGCCUAGGAGGAUUUCCUCCACCAUCACCGCCGUGUAAUACCAUCCCCCACAGUCCCAUAUCACAAUCCCUUCUUUUCCCUAGAAAAACCUAUCAAACCCAUUUCUCUUUUUGCUCAAACCGAGUGACCCAAUUCGGUUUUUGUGAUGUUCCUGGCCAAACGCGUACUGGGCUGUGUGCGAACGCAGUAAAGGGUCGAAGAAGAGGGGGCAAUAGCCUCUUGGAAAUGGAUGCCGUUGGUGAUGAUGGUGAGGACGAAGAUGACAACCAUGACGACGAUGACGACGACAAAGAGGUGUUUGUUCCAUUGAGGAAUAUGAAGGAGUGGCUUGAAAACAAGCCAAGCGGUUUUGGUGAAGGGAAAGCAUAUGAUACUUCGAUUGAGGACAAGCUGCUCGAUGAAAUGGAGCAGAGUAGACAGGCUCAGCUGGCCAAUAUCGAAAAGCUCAAGGACAACCCCGAAAAUCCCAAUUCCAAAAAGGAAGAAAAACAGAAAGCUUCUGAAGUUGUUCCGAGUGGUCUUCGUGUACGUUUGGUCAACCUGCCCAAGAAAAAGAAAAUCCACCGAGAUCUGCAAUUGGCUUUUAAAGGAGUACCUGGAAUAGUAAAUAUAAUCCCAGCUGUUUCUGGAAGCAAAAAGACUAGGGACCCAAUCUGUAAGGGAGUUGCCUUUGUUGAUUUCAAGUCUGAGGAUGAAGCUAAUAGGUUUGUACAGGCAUUUUCCGGACAAAGUAUAACUUUUGGAAAAAUUCAGAAACAGAUAAGAUGUGAGAUGAUGAAUCCAAACUCUCCAGUGCAUGCUAAUGAACAGUCACCAGAUGGGACCUUUAAUGUUCCUCAACUUCCAAUUCUCAGCCUGGACUCAGGUUCUGAUUUUGACGUGGAUGAUCCUUCUGUUGAUUCAUUGAAGGAAACUGCCUCUGAUGAAUAUGAGGGUGCAGAUGAUGAUCAUCUAUCAGUACAUUGGGAAGGAGACAGUUUAGAAAGCAUCGACUCUUUCAGUUCAUCAGAACCCGAAAGUGGUGAUAAUAUGGAACCAAGAGCGGAGUCUGCAACCAAUUCACCAACCUCAAAGCAGCAACAGAAAACCCGAGCGAAAGAGAAAAAGCUAGUAGCAAAAAGAAAAGUAGAAAAGACUCCAAAAUGGAACAUUCCAGGAUCUGUACAUAGGUUAAAGAUCAAGGAGAAGGCUGUGCUUACUGGUGUGUUCUCUAAAUAUGGAGUAAAGGCUGCUUCGGCUGUAAAAGAACAGAGCUAGGGAAAGAUGCUGUAUUUCAUUUGAGAUUACUGUGGCAUUUGCUAGAAUUGUAGACUGGUUGAGCAUUAUCAAGGAAAUGAUCUUUUAAGAUUCUCAA